AUGUCUUCCAAGAAGAACAGAAAACGGCUGAACCGAAGCGCAGAGAAUGGUUCAACCUCGCCCUCUUCUGCUUCCUCUCCUUCGGGGCCCUCUGCUCCUUCUGCUGGGCCAGGCACGGCGGCAGCGGCCGGGAUUCUGGUGGUGACCAACUUCUUAGAAAAGGUAGAUGACAAACUUCCUAAAACAUUCCAGAAUUCCCUUGUUCAACUUGGACUCAACACUAUGAAAUCUGCAAAUAUAUGUAUAGGUCGACCAGUGUUGCUUACCAGUUUGGAUGGAAAACAAGAGGUCUAUACGGCCUGGCCUGUGGCAGGAUUUCCUGGAGGUAAGGUUGGCCUGAGUGAAAUGGCACAGAAGAAUGUGGGCGUGAAGGUUGGUGAUGCCAUCCAAGUCCAGCCAUUGUUGGGUGCUGUGCUACAGGCUGAGGAAAUGGACCUGGCACUCAGUGACAAAAAUGUGGAUAUUAAUAAAGAACAACUGACUGGUUGUCUUCUGAGAAAAUUAGAUGGCAAGAUUGUUUUACCGGGGAACUUUCUGUAUUGUACAUUCUAUGGACGACCAUGCAAAUUGCAAGUGUUGGAAGUGAAAGGGACAGAUGGCAAGAUAUUGAGAAGGCCUCAGAAUGACUCUGACAUUGAUGCCAAGGGAAUGGCCUAUGAACAGUCCAGCAUAGAAACCAGUACCCUGGAUGUAUCCCUACAACUAAGCCAGUUAGAUCUGGAAGAGCCUCGGGACCCAACAUCAAGCAGUACUCCUUGCAAACCAGUAGAUGACAGAAUGAUAAAUAAAGCUAGUGACAUUUUGUCGGAUGUUACACAGAGUCCUGGGGACAGCAGCGGACUUGGACUAGGGGAAGUCACAGGACUUAAAUGUAGUUUUGAGUCAGCCAGAGGAAGAAAUGAGCAACUUGUCAAUGAAGAGAGAUUGCUAAAGUCAGCAUGUGUGGGAACAAAGUGCAACACUGAUAUUUUUUAUUUUAUUUCUUCAACAACAAGAGUCAAUUUUACAAACAUUUGUACAAAUUCAAAAGAGCAAGACAACCAAUUCAAAGUAACUUAUGACAUGAUAGGAGGCUUAAGUAGUCAGCUGAAAGCAAUUAGAGAGAUUAUUGAAUUGCCUCUCAAACAGCCUGAACUUUUCAAGAGUUAUGGAAUUCCCCCACCUAGAGGAGUGUUACUCUAUGGACCUCCAGGUACUGGAAAGACAAUGAUUGCCAGGGCGGUUGCUAAUGAAGUUGGAGCCUAUGUUUCUGUAAUUAAUGGUCCUGAUAUUAUAAGCAAAUUCUAUGGGGAGACAGAAGCAAGGUUACGGCAGAUAUUUGCUGAAGCCACUCUACGGCACCCAUCAAUUAUUUUUAUUGAUGAGCUGGAUGCACUUUGUCCUAAGAGAGAAGGGGCUCAGAAUGAAGUGGAAAAGAGAGUGGUAGCGUCACUCUUAACACUGAUGGAUGGUAUUGGUUCAGAAGGAAGUGAAGGACAGGUGUUGGUCCUUGGGGCCACAAAUCGCCCUCAUGCCUUAGAUGCUGCACUUCGAAGACCUGGACGAUUUGAUAAAGAGAUUGAGAUUGGAGUUCCUAAUGCUGCAGAUCGGCUAGAUAUUCUCCAGAAACUGCUUCAAAGGGUACCCCAUUUGCUCACUGAAGUUGAACUGUUACAGCUGGCAAAUAGUGCUCAUGGAUACGUUGGAGCAGACUUGAAAGCCUUGUGUAAUGAAGCAGGUCUUUAUGCCUUAAGGAGAGUCCUGAAGAAACAACCUAAUCUCUCUGAUAGCAAGCUGGCUGGAUUGGUGAAGAUUACUCUAAAUGAUUUCUUACAGGGGAUGAAUGACAUCAGGCCCAGUGCCAUGAGGGAAGUAGCAAUUGAUGUACCAAAUGUAUCCUGGUCAGAUAUAGGAGGACUGGAAAAUAUCAAACUGAAAUUGAAACAGGCUGUAGAAUGGCCCUUGAAACAUCCAGAGUCUUUCAUUCGAAUGGGUAUUCAGCCACCUAAAGGAGUUCUUCUGUAUGGACCACCUGGAUGCUCUAAAACAAUGAUUGCAAAGGCUUUGGCCAAUGAGAGUGGCCUGAAUUUCCUAGCUAUAAAGGGGCCUGAAUUAAUGAAUAAAUAUGUUGGUGAAUCUGAAAGAGCAGUUAGAGAGAUCUUCCGAAAAGCGAGAGCAGUGGCCCCUUCCAUUAUUUUCUUUGAUGAACUUGAUGCCUUAGCAGUUGAAAGGGGCAGUUCUUUAGGUGCUGGGAACGUAGCUGACCGUGUUCUGGCUCAGCUCUUAACAGAAAUGGAUGGCAUUGAACAGUUAAAGGAUGUGACAAUUUUGGCAGCUACUAACCGCCCAGAUAGGAUAGACAAGGCUUUGAUGCGGCCUGGAAGAAUUGACAGAAUCAUCUAUGUGCCUUUACCAGAUGCAGCAACAAGAAGGGAAAUAUUUAACCUGCAGUUUCACUCUAUGCCGAUCAGUAAUGAUGUGGAUCUGGAUGAACUCAUCCUCCAAACAGAUACAUAUUCAGGAGCAGAGAUUAUAGCAGUCUGUAGAGAGGCAGCCCUUCUGGCUCUGGAAGAAGACAUUCAAGCCAACUGCAUUAUGAGAAGACAUUUUACUCAAGCCUUGAGCACUGUGACACCGAGAAUUUCUAAAUCACUGAGACGUUUCUAUGAAGAGUAUCAAGAGAAGAGUGGGCUACAUACACUCUGA